UCACCCCACUGCUGACUGAUGUUUUCGUGGUGUUUUACGAUAAUAAAUAAAUAUAAACAUUUAUUGCGAAAUAAUAAAUUUUAUAAGCAAUCGCGAUGGUCAGCGUUAUGUGAAGUCGGUGCAAUAAACUUUACGGAGUCAAUGACAAGCAAUUGUAGUUGGCUAUCAUCGUAGGAGCUAUCUUUGUGCAAUCUACCUGCUUUGUCGGGCAUAUUAUUGUGAAUAAAUUAUCCUGACUAGCCUUAAAGGAUAUCGGAUUUAAACGGACAGAUGGAUUGUAAUUACUGUGUGACGGUUAUUUUGUGAUUCCGACGUAAAUUUGUGCUACAUUUUAAGGUAAAUAUCAGCGGUCUAAUGUCGUGACGUGUCCGGAGCCAUGACGUCGUUCGCGAACAUGACGCAGGCGCUGGGCGCGAGCCUGCCCGCCGCGUCGGGCGCCGGCGCCGGCGCCGCGCACGCCGAGCCCGAGGACCCGCUCGCCAUGACGCACAUCAUCUGCAACCUGCUCGAGAACAUGAACAAACCGCACCCCGCCACCUCCGCCUCCAUGCCCUACGACAUCUGGGCGCUGCCCUCCUGCAGCAGCACGCAGAACCCGAGCGGUCAGAGCCGUGAGUACUCGAGUACUAACUCCACCUCGAACAAUAACAACCAACAUCACUCUAAAGAGGACAACUCCAGCGGCUCGCCCGGCACCUCCUCGAGCGUGUCCAUCACCUGCUUCCGCUGCGAGGAGCGGACGCCGACCACGCGCUGCCUCGAAUGCAACGAUCUAUUCUGUCACGAGUGCUGCCACAGCGUCACCUCCGACUGCCAGCUCAGGGAACACACUCUGCUCCCUAUCCACCAGAUCUCGCCCAUCGGCGUCCGACCCAACUCUGUCAACAACGAGAAGGAAGUGUACUGCGAACUGCACGGUGACCCUGUCAGAUUCUACUGCGAGGCUUGCGUCGUCUUCAUCUGCCAGGAGUGCACACUGUGGGUUCACAAGGACCACUGCUAUACGCCUAUCAAAGGGGCGCUCGACAUGUGUCGUGUCGGUGUUUUAAGAGCUAUAGAGGAUACCAAAACGGGUACUAAAGCUAUUAAGACUGCAAUAGAUCGUGCGGUAGCCAUGUCGAAGGCGUACGAGAAGGAAACCGCUGAGGCUAAUAUGAAAAUAAGGAAGGCGAUGCGUUGCUAUGCGCAAGCUAUCGAGGAUCGCGAGAAGUAUUUGCUGGAUAAAGUGGAAAAGCUGCGCCAGGCAAAAAUGAACGAACUGACUGACCAUAUGAACACUCUGAGAGGUAUUUUAGCAGGUCUUGCACACACAAACGAGACAUUGGUGCGCAGCAUGGACUCGGAGGGCCUCGACUUAUUCAUGGCCAAAGAAAAAGGCAGAGCUCAAGUAGACUACUUCUCGUGUAUGUUUAAAAACAUGUAUAUGACAGAAGAGCGGAUUAUGUUUGUACCUCCCAACUACGAUUUAGUAGACCAGUUGAAGAGGCAGUGUGAUGUGCAGUCCGCCCCGGCCAGCGCCAUGCACACCCUCAGCUCCGUCCCCGCUCUGCAGUCUCGUCAGUCUCUCCUGUCUUUACAAUCAAUGCAGUCUGCUCAGACUUUUCCACCUUUAACAUCAUACAACAUGUCGUCUACUAAUACCCUGAGAUCGUUGCCUGAUUACACAAGGUCUACAAAUUAUUAUGAUCAUAGCAUUUCGUCCAGUAUGGCAUUGGAUUCCAACUUGCCUCGAGGCAUCGGGCAAGCUAUUCCGGGCUACUGGAUGUCGGUGACAGUCAGACCCACGAGAAGUCCAGUUCCCGGGGUUCCCAUGUUUUCAUUCGGCAGAGAAGGCCAGGACGAGGGACAGGUGUCCCGACCUUGGGGUUUGUGCGUUGACAGAGAGGGCAACAUCAUAGUUGCAGACCGAAGAAAUAAUCGCAUUCAGAUCUUUAACAGCCGUGGAGAAUUUAGAACAAUGUUUGGUUCCAAGGGAACCGGCCCGGGAGAGUUUGACCUGCCAGCAGGCAUCACCACUGACACAUACGGUCGUAUUAUCGUAAUUGACAAAGACAAUCACCGAGUUCAAAUAUUUACUUCCUCGGGAAAUUUCAUCCUCAAGUUUGGUUCCUUCGGCAAGGAAUGUGGUCAGUUCCAAUAUCCCUGGGACGUAGCCGUUAAUACUCUGGGCAACAUCGUCGUGACUGACACGCGCAACCACCGUAUCCAACUUUUCACCAGUGACGGGACUUAUAUCACAAAGUUUGUGUUCGAGGGAGCCAACCCCGCCAAGAUGCUGAAGGGGCCUACGACUCCUAGAGGCGUGUGCUUCACCACAUCGGGCAACAUCAUCGUGUCAGACUUUGAGAACCAUCGUCUGCUGAUGGUGGAUCCGACGCUUUCCAAAGUCCUGCACUGCGUGGGGCGAGAGGGGUCAGGCAUAGGCGAGCUGAACCGUCCGUCGGGCAUCGUGACCGACGACGACGGGCGCAUCAUCGUGGCGGACUCGAAGAACCACCGCGUGCUGGUGUUCACGGCGGAGCUGCGCAUCCUGUGGGCCGUGGACCUGAAGAGCCCGGGGCUGGACGACAAGGACCGGCCCAGCGACGUGGCGCUCACGCCCGACGGCUACCUCGUGGUCCUCUUCGAGACGCUGCCCGACACCGCGCGCGACAUCUCCUCGCACGGCAAGCAAUACAUCAAGGUAUAUUAAUCUAUAUAUACAUAGGUAUUAUGUUUACACUAGCUGUGACCUAAGGUCGACCAUAUUCUAUUUUGUUUUGUUUAAGUUGUGAUUUCUUUGAUAACGUGCCAAUUUUAUUAUCCAUUGGAAAGAUCCGAUUCGAGCAUAGCUUGUCCGGAAACUUAGCAUUUGCUCAUGAGAAGUAUUUGCAAAUCAAAUUCUCCUUAAAAUAUUUUGUUAGAUGUUUGGUUACCAUAAUAGUCAUUUGUUUUUUGAUAUCAGCAUUAGACUAGUCUUUAAGGACCAAACGUACACGAUGUAGUAGCAACUUAUUAUCGGUAGCCGUCAGUAUCCAUAGUCUACUCUAACCUAGAUGUACCUACACCAAAUUCAUAGUCGGAGCACUUGCAUUAUGUCGAUUACGCUCUGUCCGAUUAGUCUUACGAUUUAUAAUAUUGAUAAGGAAAAAAAAACUAUAAAUCGUAAGGGAUGUAAAAUCACAAUGUGAUGUAAAAGAUGUUUUUAUGUGAGAUAAUUUAGAAACUUAAAAAGUAUUUUUCCAAAAUGUUAGGUUUGCGUUUUUAACUUGGUUAAACUACUGAAUACCGAUGUUAGUGUGUUUUCUUACGCUAAGUUAUUCACAUUUUAGUUUGGUAGGUAUAUUUCAAUAUAUAUUUUUAUUGAACGCUGUUAUUAGAGCGCUGAGAGCUGUACUAAUUGGCGUGAAAGCUGCUUAUUUCUCAACUACUUCUAAAUUAUUAUUUAGACGAUUUAGAACGCAGGGAAGCGUAGUAUUAUUGUGCAAGAAAAUCAAUGCAAUAAACUUUAAGACUGACUUUAGAAGACUGUCUUAAAGAGCCGGGGCUCUUGUGUGGGCCCCGGGGCGCCCGCGGGCGCGGACUGCCGCGCGGCGCCAGAGUCGCCAUCUAACGCGCGUAUUAUUAAUUUGAAUAAGUAUCGUGAUAUUUUUAUUUCAUGUUUAAAUUGAGCAAAUUUUUCGUUUAAAAUCUAAAUGUAGUAAAAUUUGAGACUGCGGCUAAAUUUAUGUAAAACUUACGUUUGAACGCGUACGAAGAACUGAAAUAUGAA